UCAUUUCUGUCACUCAACAAAUAUUUAUUGAGCGCUUGCUAUGUACCAGGACCUGUUCUUGCACAAAACAGGCAAUCCAUGCAUUGCUUACAUUCACAUUCUAGUGGGGGUAGUGACGGACCAUAAAAUCAGCAAGAAAAAUGUAUGUUUUGAUAGAUGGUUAUGAGUGCUUUAGAGUAAAAUUAAGUAGGAGAGGCAGGCAGGAAGUGUGUAGGCAUGUUUCAAUUUUAUAUUAGGCUGCUCAUGGUUUGUCAUCUAUUUCACCGGGUUCACAGUUCUUGCAGGACAGGAACAAAUCUCACUUCCAUUUGCCUUCAUACUUCCAGCACUUAGCACAGCACCAGGAACUCAGGGAGGCAGUAACUUUAUACUGAAUACGUUUUAUGCCUUCCUAGAAGCAAGCAGUUGAGAAAGGCGUAUAACUAGCUAUUGCCUAUAAGGUCCACAAUUUGAAUAACGUAAUCAUUUAUGAUUAAUUUUAUUCAUUUCCAUUAACUUAAGUUUUUUUUUAGCACUUUUAGAUUACAGAACGAAAGCUGUGUUAACUAGUAUUACAGGAUUUUUCAUGUUUUUCCAAACAUCUUCUAGCCACCUCUUUGGCCCUGCAACUACGCAUAAGCUUUUGCUUUUCAAAAAACCUCCACAGCCUUUGCCAAUUAUUUGAUCUCGAGUAGUUGUCAUAACAGCACUUGGGGUUUAACACUAAGGUUGCGGAUCGCGCCCAGUUAUCAGUUCCUCGAACCUCAAGGAAUCACAAAGCAAGGUUCUACGCCCCGAAAAACUACGAAAAGUGAGAAACCCUCUAACACUCCUCGCUCCGUGCCCAGGCGGAACCUUGACCUCAAGAUGGCGUCCCGUAGUCGUAAGAUUCAGUCCGCUCCAAUCAAACAUGGUGGGUCAUAAUUUACAGUUCGGGCCUUUCUAGUAGCAGCUAGACGCUGCUUCUCUAUGGUUAUUCGACUCGGCUUGGUGAGUCAGAGCCAACAGCGGAGACGAUCUAUAUGCGUUCUUCUCUAUGGUUCCGCGUCCCCGCCCCCGGCCGCAGUGCACGCCGGGCAAGAGGAAGACCUCCAGCAGCUCCCCGCGCAGCGCGGCCGUAUUUGCGGCCUGUGCGAGUAGGCGCUUGGGCAUUCAGUCUCCCUGGCGAGCGGCGGGCAGAAAUCUCGAACCCGUGGAGCGCACUCGUAACCUGGAUCCCAGAAGGCCGCGAAGGCAGUACCGUUUUCUCAGCGGCGGACUGCUGCGGUAAGAAUGUCUUUUCCCCCUCAUUUGAAUCGCCCUCCCAUGGGAAUCCCAGCACUCCCACCAGGGAUCCCACCCCCGCAGUUUCCAGGAUUUCCUCCACCUGUACCUCCAGGGACCCCAAUGAUUCCUGUACCAAUGAGCAUUAUGGCUCCUGCUCCAACUGUCUUAGUACCCACCGUGUCUAUGGUUGGAAAGCAUUUGGGCGCAAGAAAGGAUCAUCCAGGCUUAAAGGCUAAAGAAAAUGAUGAAAAUUGUGGUCCUACUACUACUGUUUUUGUUGGCAACAUUUCCGAGAAAGCCUCAGACAUGCUUAUAAGACAACUCUUAGCUAAAUGUGGUUUGGUUUUGAGCUGGAAGAGAGUACAAGGUGCUUCCGGAAAGCUUCAAGCCUUCGGAUUCUGUGAGUACAAGGAGCCAGAAUCUACUCUCCGUGCACUCAGAUUAUUACAUGACCUGCAAAUUGGAGAGAAAAAGCUACUUGUUAAAGUUGAUGCAAAGACAAAGGCACAGCUGGAUGAAUGGAAAGCAAAGAAGAAAGCUUCUAAUGGGAAUGCAAGGCCAGAAACUGUCACUAAUGACGAUGAAGAAGCCUUGGAUGAAGAAACAAAGAGGAGAGAUCAGAUGAUUAAAGGGGCUAUUGAAGUUUUAAUUCGUGAAUACUCCAGUGAGCUAAAUGCCCCCUCACAGGAAUCUGAUUCUCACCCCAGGAAGAAGAAGAAGGAAAAGAAGGAGGACAUUUUCCGCAGAUUUCCAGUGGCCCCACUGAUCCCUUAUCCACUCAUCACUAAGGAGGAUAUAAAUGCUAUAGAAAUGGAAGAAGACAAAAGAGACCUGAUAUCUCGAGAGAUCAGCAAAUUCAGAGACACACAUAAGAAACUGGAAGAAGAGAAAGGCAAAAAGGAAAAAGAAAGACAGGAAAUUGAGAAAGAACGGAGAGAAAGAGAGAGGGAGCGUGAAAGGGAACGAGAAAGGCGAGAACGGGAACGAGAAAGGGAAAGAGAACGUGAACGAGAAAAGGAGAAAGAACGGGAGCGGGAACGAGAACGGGAUAGGGACCGUGACCGGACAAAAGAGAGAGACCGAGAUCGGGAUCGAGAGAGAGAUCGUGACCGGGAUAGAGAAAGGAGCUCAGAUCGUAAUAAGGAUCGCAGUCGAUCAAGAGAAAAAAGCAGAGAUCGUGAAAGGGAACGAGAGCGGGAAAGAGAGAGAGAGAGAGAACGAGAGCGAGAACGAGAACGGGAGCGAGAGAGAGAGCGAGAGAGGGAACGGGAGCGAGAAAGAGAAAAAGACAAAAAACGGGACCGAGAAGAAGAUGAAGAAGAUGCAUACGAACGAAGAAAACUCGAAAGAAAACUCCGAGAGAAAGAAGCUGCUUAUCAAGAGCGCCUUAAGAAUUGGGAAAUCAGAGAACGAAAGAAAACCCGGGAAUAUGAGAAAGAAGCUGAAAGAGAAGAAGAAAGAAGAAGAGAAAUGGCCAAAGAAGCUAAACGACUAAAAGAAUUCUUAGAAGACUAUGAUGAUGAUAGAGAUGACCCCAAAUAUUACAGAGGAAGUGCUCUUCAGAAAAGGUUGCGUGAUAGAGAAAAGGAAAUGGAAGCAGAUGAACGAGAUAGGAAGAGAGAGAAGGAGGAGCUUGAGGAAAUCAGGCAGCGCCUUCUGGCAGAAGGCCAUCCAGAUCCAGAUGCAGAGCUUCAGAGGAUGGAACAAGAGGCUGAGAGGCGCAGGCAGCCACAAAUAAAGCAAGAGCCAGAAUCAGAAGAGGAGGAAGAAGAAAAGCAAGAAAAAGAAGAAAAACGAGAAGAACCCAUGGAAGAGGAAGAGGAGCCAGAGCAAAAGCCUUGUCUGAAACCUACUCUGAGGCCCAUCAGCUCUGCUCCAUCUGUUUCCUCUGCCAGUGGCAAUGCAACACCUAACACUCCUGGGGAUGAGUCUCCCUGUGGUAUUAUUAUUCCUCAUGAAAACUCACCAGAUCAACAGCAACCUGAGGAGCAUAGGCCAAAAAUAGGACUAAGUCUUAAACUGGGUGCUUCCAAUAGUCCUGGUCAGCCUAAUUCUGUGAAGAGAAAGAAACUACCUGUAGAUAGUGUCUUUAACAAAUUUGAGGAUGAAGACAGUGAUGACGUACCCCGAAAAAGGAAACUGGUUCCCUUGGAUUAUGGUGAAGAUGAUAAAAAUGCAGCCAAAGGCACUGUAAACACUGAAGAAAAGCGUAAACACAUUAAGAGUCUCAUUGAGAAAAUCCCUACAGCCAAACCUGAGCUCUUCGCUUAUCCCCUGGAUUGGUCUAUUGUGGAUUCUAUACUGAUGGAACGUCGAAUUAGACCAUGGAUUAAUAAGAAAAUCAUAGAAUAUAUAGGUGAAGAAGAAGCUACAUUAGUUGAUUUUGUUUGUUCUAAGGUUAUGGCUCAUAGUUCACCCCAGAGCAUUUUAGAUGAUGUUGCCAUGGUACUUGAUGAAGAAGCAGAAGUUUUUAUAGUCAAAAUGUGGAGAUUAUUGAUAUAUGAAACAGAAGCCAAGAAAAUUGGUCUUGUGAAGUAAAACUUUUUAUAUUUAGAGUUCCAUUUCAGAUUUCUUCUUCUCCACCCUUUUAAGGACUUUGAAUUUUUCUUUGUCUUUGAAGACAUUGUGAGAUCUGUAAUUUUUUUUUUAUUGUAGAAAAUGUGAAUUUUUUGGUCCUCUAAUUUGUUGUUGCCCUGUGUACUCCCUUGGUUGUAAAGUCAUCUGAAUCCUUGGUUCUCUUUAUACUCACCAGGUACAAAUUACUGGUAUGUUUUAUAAGCCGCAGCUACUGUACACAGCCUAUCUGAUAUAAUCUUGUUCUGCUGAUUUGUUUCUUGUAAAUAUUAAAACAACUCCCCAAUUA